AAUGGGCGCAUAUAAGUAUUUACAAGAGCUCUGGAAAAAGAAGCAAUCAGAUGUGUUGAGCUUCAUUAUGAGAAUCAGAACAUGGGAAUACAGACAAUUACCAGUCAUCCACAGAGCAACUAGACCAAGCAGACCUGAUAAAGCUAGAAGAUUAGGAUAUAAAGCCAAACAAGGUAAAAGAGAUAAUGAUAAUGUUAGGCUAUGUUAUUUAUAGAGUCAGAGUUAGAAGAGGAGGCAGAAAAUUGUUGAUUAGAAAGGGACUUGUCAAGGGAAAGCCCAAGAGUCAAGGAGUCAAUUAAUUAAAGCCAACUAGAAACCUUAGAUCAGUUGCUGAAGAAAGAGUAGGCAGAAAGAUUGGAGCACUUAGAGUUUUGAACUCUUAUUGGGUUGCCUAAGAUGGAACAUACAAAUAUUAUGAAGUCAUCACAGUUGAUCCAUUCCACUCAGCAAUCAGAGGAGAUCCAAGAAUUAAUUGGAUCACUUAACCAGUUCAUAAGCAUAGAGAAUUGAGAGGUUUGAAUGAAAAUUAAUAUUAAAAGGUUUAACAUCUGCUGGCAGAAAGAGUAGAGGACUUAGAGUUAAGGGUCAUCGUAACAAUCAAACCAGACCAUCAAGAAGGGCUAAUUAUGCCAGAAGAAAUAGAAUUUCCCUUAGAAGAUUUAGAUGAU